AUGCAGCCGCAUGAGUCGAGAAGACACCUCACACUGAACGGUACCGACGUCCACUAUAUUUCGUCCGGCAACACGGAAGGGCCUCUCACUGUCUUGUUGCAUGGACUGGGAGGCUCAACAAAGACAUUCCGAGACCUAAUUCCCUUCAUACCACCAGAUUAUCAAAUCAUCAGCAUCGACAUCGAAGGAUUUGGAAAGACACCCUUGCACCCAGGAGCGCCUCUUUCAUUCGAGCGAUAUGUCUCCGACCUACACGAUCUCAUCACACAUAUUCAGGAACAUUCUUCAACCUCGACAGCAGGAACGAGCAAUGGUAUCAAACACAACAGUAGCAAGGAGCAAGUCUGUCUCGUUGGUCAUUCUCUCGGCGGUAUCAUCAGCUUACAUUAUGCUGCCCAAUACCCGUCCGAGGUGACAGGACUUUUACUUCUGGGAGCAGGUCGAUCCGUGAGAGGAAUCCCACCGGCGCAGCAGCGUAUGCGAGAUCUUGCCAAAACAGCGCGGGAAAAGGGUAUGGAGGAAGUUGCGCAGAUCGCAGUCAAGUCGAAUUUUCCAGCGGAUCGCGUCAACGACCGAUCGCACGAGCUGCAGGUGUAUGACGCAGUGGCCUCUUGCUCUGCCGAAGCGUAUGCAGCUACGGCAGAGUUGGUCGCCAGCGACGACCACUGUGACCCCGACUACAGCCUGAUCAAGUGUCCAGCUGUGUUUGUGGCUGGUGACAAGGACGUGAUCAGCCCACCACAGAGGUCGAAGGACAUUAGUAAUUUGGUGGGAGGCUCAUCGGAGGUUGUGUUGGUCAAAAGCGGUCAUCAGAUGAUCUUGCAGGAUAUUGAGGGUGUCACAAAGGCCUUCAACAAGUUGCUUGUAAUGGUAUGA